UUCUACAAUCCUUCAUUCCCAAACAUCGCACAGGGGAAAGUGUUAGUUUUACCCAUGAUACAAUGAUCAGGCGGUUGGCGUUUCUUUUCCUCCUCCUCGCCUUCUCGUCGGGAGAAGAUAGGAACACGGGGCCGUUCAACACCCCUAAGCCGGUGUCGAAGCUGCAGAACGCCUUGAAGACGGACGUCUUCAAACUGGGCCCCUCGGACAAAAAUAAGCUCGCGAUGAGAAACGAGACGGACUUGAGCUCACUUUUGGAUAUCUACAACCCUUACAGGCUCGCAAAAAUUUGGAACGCCGUUGUGGACAACAAUUCCACCUGCUAUAGACAAAUGGAGGCUUAUCUCAAAAAUCUCGUCGACGGUGACCUCUGGGCAUUGCAGAUGUCUGAUGCCAGUGGAAGGUACAACGGAGGCUUUUUCUGGGGUAACGGAUAUUGGAUGGGGUCGGCGACGCAGUGCAAGAACAUGGACCCCAGUCCACCUUUCCAGGUUUCUUUUUUCGUCGUCAAAGCUCACGUUCAACUCAACUCAACGCUGACACCGAAUACCCACAGCCAACUGAUCGGACUGUGCCUUCCGCUGUCUUGUACGAGGAAUGAGGUCGUCGACAUUGUCAAGCUGUCGGUGAACGACGGGGAUGUCAACAAUGCGAGGACGGUCGAUGUGUCAGUCGUCAAAAGUCCACAUGAUAUUUACUACCCGUUUAAAGACGUAACAUUCUGGAUUUUGAUCUCGAUCACAAGUAUCAUAAUUGUGCUAGCCGCCUGUGGUACACUGGUUGAAUUAUACGAAGAGCACGAAGCGAAGAAGAGGAAAAGAUCAAAAUACGUCUAUGACAAUUUGACCUACGAGAUUACAAAAAACCAGCAAGACGUUAUUACCGGUGCAGUUAAAAUACCAGCAGGGGCCAACAAUAAUGAAAAUAGUGAAGCUGAAUCAUCUGAGAGGAACUCAGUUAACAGUGAAGAAAUCACAAGCCCUUUCAGUGGAAUUUGGAAAGAGAUCAUCCUGGCAUUUUCUGUCAAGAGAAACAUAUCAACCAUUUGCGACAAAUCUGUUGGUGAUGAUACCAUUCCAACCAUCCACGGUCUUCGGUCGAUCAGCAUGGCCUGGGUCAUACUUGGUCACACUUGUAUAAAUGCUUUUAAAUACUCAGACAACAUGGCCUACAGGCAGUUAGUCGAAAAAGAAAUAGCAUUCCAGACGAUUAACAAUGGGCCAUAUUCUGUCGAUACAUUUUUCUUUAUUAGCGGACUUCUUGUGUCUUUUCUGUAUUUUCGAACAACGGCUAAACACGACAUGAAUAAAUUAAUGAGAGCGACAGGAUUGAAAUCAAACAUACUGCAAUUUUUUGGAAUGAUACUGUAUAGAUUCGCCAGGUUGACUGCACCGUAUUUCUUCAUACUUGGAUGCGUACAGGUGACGAUGAACUGGUACCACCAUAAUUCAUUGUUUGAAACGCCGACAAAUGACUAUGAAAACUGUCCAAAAUACUGGUGGAGGAACCUGCUUUACAUCAACACUCUUUUCCCCGUUCAAGAAAUGUGUAUGCUGUGGAGUUGGUAUUUGGCUGAUGAUACCCAAUUUUACAUUGUCGGAGCGUUGCUUUUGAUUAUUGCUGUCAAGCACUUCCGAGUAGCACUUGGUUUAAUGGUGACCUUAUUAGCCAGUUCCUGGUUUACAACUGCUAUUAUCGCUUAUUUUAACAAUCACGUGCCAAAUCAAGACGAUCCCUUUGCUCUGUUUGACAAAAUUUAUGACAAACCGUGGACAAGGCUUGGACCGUAUUUGAUCGGAAUGGCAGUUGGGUGGAUCCUCUUCAAGACAGAUUGCAAACUUAAGAUGACAAAGUUGACAGUUUUGAUCGGAUGGGUCGCUUCAUCGGGCCUUCUACUUUUCCUGGUUUACGGCCUGUUUGGAAGCAAACUGACCCUGCUGUCAGCCGCGGCGUACUCAUCAUUGUCACACUCUGCAUGGGCGUUGGCUCUAGCUUGGAUCGUCAUCGCAUGUUCUACUGGUUAUGGAGGUUACGUGAAUAAAUUAUUAUCGUCAAGUAUAUUAUACCCGUUCAGUCGAGUUACUUACUGUGCCUAUCUUGUACAUCCUAUUGUUAUAAGGACAUUUACCAUGAGAUUGGAAACACCACUACACUUAAGCCCUGAAAUGGUGGUCAUUACAUUUUCUGGACAUUUUCUAAUGUCAUACCUGAUUGCUUUUGUUGUAUCGGUCCUGUACGAAGCACCGGUCGUCUCACUCUUGAGGUUAAUUUCACCCAAAAGGAGGAAAGCAAAGUAAAACGGUUCAGAUCUUCGACCCAUAAUCUUAAUUUUCUUUUCUUUUAAAUCAAAGCCAAAUUUGUAAAAUUGGUUUGUACAUUUUCUUGACUGUCUAUACUUAAUUGUAAAUAGUAGAUUCUAUGUGUUUUCUUAGCCGCC